AUGUCCCUCUGGAACCCGGACAACAUCCGGGACGUCGCCGAAUCCGUCGGCAUCGUCAACCUGAACGACGAUGUAACCGAGAACCUCGCCCGCGACGUCGAAUACCGCAUCGCGCAGGUCCUCGAAGAAGCCUUCAAAUUCAUGCGCCACAGCCGACGAACACUCCUCACAACACAGGAUAUCGCACAAGCCUUACGCGUGCUCGACGUCGAGCCGCUGUAUGGGUAUGAGUCGACGCGGCCGCUGAAGUUCGGGGAGGCGUCCCUAGGACCCGGUCAGCCACUUUUCUAUGUCGAGGAUGAGGAGGUGGAUUUUGAGAAGUUGAUUAAUGCGCCGUUGCCGAGGGUGCCGAGGGAGAUUAAUUUUACUGCACACUGGCUCGCCGUAGAAGGCGUGCAACCCUCGAUACCGCAGAAUCCGACAGCGGCAGACUCGCGCAACCUCGAAUUGAUGUCCAAGGGCCCGAACGCCAACGCGACAUUGGCGGCUAUGAGCGGGAGCGGGAAUGUCGCUGUCAAGCCGCUCGUCAAGCAUGUGCUCUCAAAGGAGCUGCAGCUAUACUUUGAGAAGGUGUGCAAUGCGUUUUUGGACGAAUCGAGCGAGAAAUACCGGACGUCGGCGUUCGCGAGUCUACGCGAAGAUCCUGGGCUGCACCAGCUCGUGCCGUACUUCGUCCAGUUCAUUUCGGAGAAGGUCACGCAUUGCUUGAAGGAUAUCUUUGUCCUUACACAGGUCAUGCAUAUGGCUGAGGCGCUUGUGCAGAAUAAGUCUCUAUAUGUUGAUCCUUACAUCGCAUCCCUCGUCCCCCCAAUUCUAACCUGCCUAAUCGGCCGCCAACUCGGCGGCACCGCCGACCUCUCCGAACAAUUCGCCCUCCGCGACCUCUCCGCCGCCCUCCUUGGCCUCAUCUCCACAAAAUACUCCCACUCCUCACACACCCUGAAACCCCGCCUUGCCCGAUCUUGCUUGAAAACCCUCCUCGACCCCUCAAAACCUUUCUCCGCGCACUACGGCGCCAUAAUCGGCCUCCACGCCGUCGGCGGCCCCGAGGCCGUCCGCGUCCUCAUCAUCCCAAACCUUCCUACCUACGGCAGCCUCCUGAAAGACGGCGUCGCAGACGAUAGCUCGCGGCGCGCAGAGGCGGAGAAGGUUCUCACCGUGUUAUUGGUUGUGCUUGCUUCGUUGAGGGAGGGCGCAAAGGUCCCGCUGACGAAUGGGCAUGGGGCUGGUUCGGUGACUGGGGAGUUGAGGACGAGGCUUGAGGGGAAGAUAGGUGGAUUCUUGGCGGAGAGGGUUGUGGAGUUGGGGGAUGUGCAGCUUGUGCAUGCUAUUUUGGCGGAUUAG